AUGUUUGACGUCCAGUGCCAUUCUAGGGGCUGGGGCUACUGUAGGUUUGAGCCUGGCCGGCCGUUACCAGAUGGAGCUUGCCUCUACUGCAGACCUGCAGCCGCCCUCCCUGACCACACAAGCAGCCUUUUGUGCCCCGGGCUGAAGGCCUCAUUGAUGGCAAGGCUGGCCAGGGGCCCAGGGCUCCGUACCUGCAGCCAGCCCCUGCACAGGAAGCCACACGCUAACACAGAGUCAACAAACACACACAGCAGCAUCAGAAAUACCCAGCCCGACUGGCCUCCGCUCGUCUCAUCCACGGUACACAGACCAUCAUCAAUAGAGUUAGCUAUCGGAGUUUGUGUGUGAUGAUGGAAUUAUGAGAGUCGUAGUGAUGGGCCACAAUGGACAUAAGUCUUUGGACAUUAUUCCGUUUUUAUCUUUGAUAGUUGGAAUUGAAUGUUCUUAUGUGAGAGAGACUUUUGAAGUAAUAUGUUUGGUUAUGUGUAUUUUCAUGAUGAUCAAAUAAAAGGUAUUGGUAAGGUUGGGUGGGAAUCAUUACCACAGGAAGUAGUUUGGGGGUUGGGGUGCUGUGAUUAUUUUGUGAAAUAAUAUUUAAACAAAUAUAUAUAUACAUACAUACAUACAUACAUACAUAUUAUUAUGUAUAAUUGUAUUUUCUUCAGGGUGUGCAAUAUAACACCCCUACUUCCCGCAGCUAUGGUGGGAAUGCUUGGUUGUGAGAUUGUCAGAGUUUAGUAAGGUUUAGAGUGUGCGGUUUUAUAACUGAAAGGUAAAUAUGUCUGUUGUAAAUAACUUGGGUGUAAAUAUGUUUGGUGUAUGGUUUUGUUGGUAUGUGUAAUGUGAGCAUGGGUAGGAUUUGUGAGUCUGUGAGUGGAUAGGUGUAUUUGAUACCAUUCCACUCAUUUCCCUCCAUCCAUUACCACCAGCCUGUCCUCCCCAAUUAAGGUGCCACCAUCCUCCUAAGGUGUGCACUUGUAAUUGUAUGCAUGCAUGCUUACAUACAUGUGUGUGGACGGUUUGUUUUCUUUGGAGAUUGGGAUUGAAUUUUCCAAAACUUGGUCAGCUGUGCACUUAACACAAAAGCCUUCUCAGAUCAUUGAAGCAAAUCAAGUCAACAGUUUAGUAACUUAAAUUGGCCGUAUCCAGAAUCUACUUUUACUACUCUUGGCCCUUGAGAAAGAGAUCAUGUUUCCAUGGCUGCAAUGAAGGUGUGAAUAGUUGUGUAGCACCUCCAUGCUAGGACCUGUGGAAUGUGGGUGAGAGGAGGAGCGGUAGAGAGCAUAGAGGAGGAAAGGAGAGAAUAGAGGGGGAGAGAGGAGAGGGGGAGAGAGGAGAGGUGUACAGAGAAAAGAGAAGAGGGGUAGAGCGAGGAUAGGCGCUGGAGAGAAGAGCAAGGUGUGCGAAGGAGUUGAGAGAGCACACAGCGAAGGCUACCUGUACUGUGUACAGAGUGUUGAUCCCCUCUACAAAGACAUCCUUUCAGGCCAUGGUCUGAGGCUGCUAGCAGAGCAGCGCAGAGAAGCUAUUAGCUUAGCAGCUUUCCACUGUAGCAUCGAAGACUGGGGCUAAUACGUAGCUCUGUACUCAGUAUCUUACAUUCACAGCUCUGUCACUCACUGGCUCUCUGUUAGAAGAGCAUACAUUCGCAGACAUCUGCAGACAUUCGCAUACAUUAGCCUUCAGCAAAGCUACUGAAAUAUGAUGUGUAAUAUAUCAUAAGUCAUAUUUUCAGUUCACACUCUUUCCCCAGGGUUGGUUUUAUCAAACUGAUAAUAUCUGAAUAGCAACUGAAAGUGUAGGGAGUUGCAGGGAUGACUGAGCUUGUUGUUAUCCUCAGGGUAAUGUCGUGUUUUAUUUAACCGUUGUUUUACCAGGAAGUCCCAUUUGAGGUUAGAAUAUCUAUUUUCCAAAAGAGACCUGUGGGCCUACUGUACAAGUUGUGUUUUCCACACUUUUGCACUACAAAUAUGUACACAAUGCUACAUUCGAACAGUUUAUACAGUGCCUUCAGAAAUUAUUCACACCCCUUGACUUUUUCCACAUUUUGUUGUGUUACAGCCUGAAUUUAAAAUGGAUAACAUUGAGAUGGCCUACACACAAUACCCCAUAAUGUCAGUGGAAUUAUGUUUAGACAUUUUUACAAAUUAAUUGAAAAUGAUAGGCUGAAAUGUCUUGAGUCAAUAAGUAUUCAAUCCAGUGCUGAAUUCGAGCCGGAUCCUGCCAGAACAGGAUCCGACACCUCUCCGUUUUGGACUGUUUCUUUCCAGAACCUAUUUGCCUGGAUCCGGUACCUCUAGUGGCUGGAAAAAUAUGUUUAACUUUUUGCAAUGUAAAAAUUAUAAUAAAAGUUAUCAAAGUUCAUUCGAGUUGACUCUUUGUUAAUUCUCCUGUGGAAAAAGUCAAUUUCCAGCCCCGGGUCUGAUAUUCUAAGAGUUUAUUCAGAUUUAUGGUUUGUGCAACAUUGUAACCUAUGUUUGAGACCACCAACGUGUGUCUGUGGCUGUGUGAGAAGCACGCCUUUAUCUCUCACAUAACUAGAAUGAGAUUCACUUUCUAUGAUCUCUCUCCAACUCAUCUCUCCAGCGUUGCACUUGAUAAUUUAUUUCCUUAUAGAAACAUAGGGUUCUGGAGGGGCUGCAGCACCCCUGAUAAUUUGAAAUACAUUUGCCAAAUUUAUAGAAUUAGGCUACUCCUGUCAGUUCAGAAAUAAAUUACAUUAUUCAGAAUAGCCUACUAAACCAUUAGAAGGCCUACAAUUUAGCCACAGAGGAUCAAUAGCUUUUUUUUUUUUUAAUUGCCUACCUGUGGAUUGUGUGUAGCCCAAUAACAAGGCAUAGCCUACCGUCGGGAACGUGCGGCAAAUCUGUCAGUGAACAGCAUGCAGACAAAACAGGUAUUUUCUUAAUAUUUAUGCGACUACGCUAUAUGCGAAGAUAUGCAUUUAUUAUAUGCUUUAUUAUAAAGGUGAUUAUUUUUUUCUCAUGGGUUCCGUUACCUCAUAACUCCCCAGGUCACCCCCCUCUCGUGCUCACUUUUUGUUCAGGCACCUCCCGAUUUACACAUUUGUGCCAAGCCUAUAUAAGUUCAGGAGUAAAAAUGGGCUUAACAAGUCGUAUAAUAACUUGCAUGGACUCACCAUGUGUGCAAUAAUAGUGUUUAACAUAAUUUUUGAAUGACUACCUCAUCUCUGUACCCCACACAUACAAUUAUCUGUAAGGUCCCUCAGUCGAGCAGUGAAUUUCAAAAACAGAUUCAACCACAAAGACCAGGGAGGUUUUCCAAUGCCUUGCAAAGAAAGGCACCUAUUGGUAGAUGGGUAAAAAUUAAUACAAAAAUAAGAGCAGACGCUUAAUAUUCCUUUUAACAUUUUGAAGUAAUUAAUUACACUUUGGGUGGUGUAUCAAUACGCCCAGUCACUACAAAGAUACAGGCGUCCUUCCUAACUGGAGAGGAAGGAAACCACUCAGGGAUUUCACCAUGAGGCCAAUUGUGACUUUAAAACAGUUAAAGUUGAAUGGCUGUGAUAGGAGAAAACUGAGGACGGAUCAACAACAUGUAGUUACUCCACAAUAGUAACCUAAAUAACAGAAUGAAAAGAAGGAAGCCUGUACAAAAUAAAACAUAUUCCGAAACAUGCAUCCUGUUUGCUAUAAGGCACUAAAGUAAAACUGUAAAAAAAAGGGCAAAGAAAUUAACUGUUCUGAAUACAAAGCAUUGUGUUUGGGGCAAAGCCAACACAACACAUCACUGAGUACCACUCUUCAUAUUUUCAAGCAUGGUGGUGGCUGCAUCAUGUUAUGGGUAUGCUUAUCAUCGGCAAGGACUAGGGAGUUGUUUAGGGUAAAAAGAAACCGAAUAGAACUAAGCACAUGCAAAAUCCUACAGGAAAACCUGGUUCAGUUUGCUUUCCAACAGACACUGGGAGAGAAAUUCACCUUUCAGCAGCACAAUAACCUAAAACACAAGGCCAAAUAUACACUGGAGUUGCUCACCAAGACUACAUUGAAUGUUCCUGAGUGGCCUAGUUACAGUUUUGACUUAAAUUGGCUUGGAAAUCUAUGACAAGACUUGAAAACGGCUGUCUAGCAAUGAUAAGCAACCAACUUGACAGAGCUUGAACAUAAAAAAAAUAAUAAUAAUGUGCAAAUAUUGUACAAUCCAGGUGUGCAAAACUUUUAAGAGAUGUACCCAGAAAGACUCACAGCUGUAAUCGCUGCCAAAGGUGAUUCUAACAUUUAUUGACUCGGGUGUAAAUUAGAUAUUUAUUUAUUUCAUUUUCAAAUAAUUUGCAAACAUUUCUAAAAACAUGUUUUCACUUUGUCAUUAUGGGGUAUUGUGUGUAGAUGUGUGAGAUUUUUAUUUAUUUAAUACAUUUUGAAUUCAGGCUGUAACGCAACAAAAUGUGGAAUAAGUCAAGGGGUAUGAAUACUUUCUGAAGGCACUUUAGACUUGUCUAUAAACAUGCCCAAAUUGUAAACACACACACUGUUGUUCACAGAGACCGUGGAUGACCCCACGCCCACUUUACAAGGGGACAACCAGGACACACUGUCCGGCGGCGGGGCAUAUGAUGUCACCACCAAAGAUCCCUUCAAGGAUAUGACGGAGAGAGUGUUCACCUUUGCGUACGAGGACACCACCCACUCACAGGCCAUGAACGAGGGGGAAGGUGAGACAGGCGCUUCAUGUCAUUCAUUUUUUCAGAACAUUUCCCCAUCACCAGUUAAAUUAAUAUAGAACUUUUAUUAAUAUAAAUAAUUUUGGUUGUACCCAGAGGAUUAAGAAAAUAAUAUAUUUUGCCAAUAUUUGCAUGGCAAGAGCCAUUGGCGAAAGCACAGGGGUGGAGUUAUAUGUGUCUAUUAGUUGUUCCACACCACAACCCCUUUAAAUUUAAUCAAUUGGUAAUAAACCAUACAAUUAUAUUUAGACGCUGUAUGCACUUUGAAUAAUAUUUUACUUUGAAUUUGACAAUCAUGCACUAGUGUCAGGUUGGUGAUCUAACAUUUGACCUUUGCCUGUUGCAUGUACUGUGUGUGUCCAGGUGUCCUGGGCCCUGGCGCCGUCACAGCUAUCGUCAUUGCAGUCGUCCUGGGGGCUUCAGUCCUCCUCGCCCUCAUUGUCAUCACACUCAGGAAGUUCACCGCUUCCUAG